GACAGCAUGGCUGCCACUGCUGCCGUCAGCCCCAGUGAAUACCUUCAGCCAGCUGCCUCCACUGCCCAGGACUCUCAGCCAUCCCCUCUGGCCCUCCUGGCAGCGACAUGUAGCAAGAUUGGUCCCCCCGCUGUGGAAGCCGCCGUGACUCCUCCUGCCCCUCCUCAGCCGACGCCUCGCAAACUCGUCCCCAUCAAACCCGCUCCUCUCCCUCUGGGCUCUGGGAAGAACAGCUUUGGCAUCCUGUCCUCGAAAGGCAACCUCUUCCAGAUCCAGGGCUCUCAGGUUGGCACCUCCUACCCCGGGGGGCAGCUGGUCUUUGCCAUCCAGAACCCGGCCGUCGUCAACAAGGGCACGCGGUCGUCCACCAACGUCCAGUACCAGGCGGUGCCCCAGCUGCAGGCCGCCGGGGGACAGACCAUCCAGGUCCAGCCCAACCUCACCAACCAGAUCCAAAUUAUUCCUGGCACCAACCAGGCCAUCCUCACUCCUUCCUCUUCCUCUCACAAGCCCGUGCCCAUCAAGCCGGCUCCGGCGCAGAAGGGUGCAGCUUCCCCGGCGCAGGCCGCGAGCAACGUGGUCAAGUUGGCCGGUGGCAGCAACGUGACCCUCACCCUCCCUGUCAACAACCUGGUGAACACCCCUGAGCAGGGCACCCAGGCUCAGAUCAUGGCUGAGAGUCCCUCAAAACCCAGCAAAAAGACUCGGAAGAAGGCAGUGUCCCCUGCCCAAGCCGUGGCCGUGGCCGAGCAGGUGGAGACGGUGUUGAUAGAGACCACGGCGGAGAACAUCAUCCAGGCAGGCAACAACCUCCUCAUCGUGCAGAGCCCAGGCUCUGGCCAACCAGCUGUGGUGCAGCAGGUCCAGGUGGUGCAGCCCAAACAGGAACCUCAGGUGGUGCAGAUCCCACAGCAGGCCCUGCGUGUGGUCCAGGCUGCCUCCGCCACGCUCCCGACCGUCCCCCAGAAGUCCUCCCAGAACUUCCAGAUCCAGACCACGGAACCUGUCCCUACCCAGAUCUACUUCAAAUCCCCAUCGGGCGAGCUGCAGACAGUGGUACUCCAGGACCCUUCAGGCAUUCCCCUCACUCCAUCUGGGACCUCCUGCAGCAGCCCAGUGUCCCGGAGCAGCAACAGCAGCAGCUCUGGCCCCGUGGGGAGCAGCAGCAGCAGCAGCAGGAAAGCAGCAGCCACACGCAAGGAGCGCACCCUGCCCAAGAUCGCCCCGGCCGGGGGCAUCAUCAGCCUCAACGCUGCCCAGCUGGCAGCUGCUGCCCAGGCCAUGCAGACCAUCAACAUCAACGGUGUGCAGGUCCAGGGGGUCCCUGUCACCAUCACCAACACUGGAG